AUGGUGACAGGUCUGGAAACAGCAGCUGGAGCGGCUCAGGUCAUCUCGCUUGCUUUCCAGGUCUUCCAAGGAUGCAUCGACGCAUACAAGUUCUGCCAUACUGCUCAACUUAUUGGCAUCGAGGGCGAUCUGCUCCGCACAAGAUUGCAGAUUGAGCGAUAUCGCCUGGAGGAAUGGGCGCAGUGCUCACGGCUGAACACGUCCAGUCCUGAUGCGAGACUGAAUUGGCCAUUGAUAUACGAUAUUCUGGAGCAGCAGUAUACCAUCUUGACAUCGGCGGACAAAUUGCAGAGUAAAUAUGGCCUGAAGUUGUUGGAGGAUGAAGUUGAAGACGGGAAAGAGGAGAGGAGGGAAGACGUCGGACUUGGCAAGGUCCUUCGGCGGCUCAGGCCCAAACUUUACUCCAACUCCGCUUCAUCUAAGGCAAUUGCAAAGGCGAACGGACCAUGGAAGCGCAUGCAAUGGGCAGCAGGCGGGAAAGAGAAGGUCGUGAAGGUGAUCGAUGACCUCGGCGAGCUGAACACACACCUCGAGCGCCUCCUGGACCUCCCCGACCGUACAUGGCUGAAGACGGGCAUGGGCGCUUUACUGCGCGAUGCACUGAGCCAUACCACGGAUCUGACCGAAGUCGAGACACUUCAAGCCCUUCUGCGUCCUGCUUCUGGCGUCGGCGAUGCUGCAAUUGCCAGCGCCGCACGUUUCAAACGUAUCCGCCUCGUGCUAGGAGUCGACCAGCGCCCAGGCGAGAUCCGCCCACCCCAGACACCAGCCAUAUACAACUCCAUGCCGCGUCUCAAGAUGAUAAAAGAGAAGAAGAUAAAGGCCGCUGGGAAUGUACUGGUAAGAGCAGCCAGCAUACAGCUUGGGACGUACAAUGAUGACCCGGUACUGGUUGAAUGGCGACACACGGACGCCUACAAGUACGAUGUGCUGGAGAAGCAUAUGCAAGCACUGGCACUCCUGCUAGGCAGUGUUGAUAAUACAUUCGCCACUCUGCCUUGUAUCGGUCUGACUGCUUCGAAGGAAUGCUGCAGGUUUGCCCUGGUAUACGAAGUUCCCGUCUCGACCACCGAAGAGCAGCGCUCAUCACUCACGCUUCACGACGCCAUUGCCUCUCAGCGUCGCAUGUCUCUUCGAGACCGCCUGAGUAUAGCUUGCACACUGGCAGAGGCUGUGUUGCAACUCCACACCGUCGGCUGGCUGCACAAGAGUAUCAGGUCCGACAAUGUCAUCUUCUUGAAGAAUGGUCAGGACCUGGGCGCUUCCUCGGACAUGGGGAAGCCAUAUUUGAUGGGCUAUGACUACGCUCGGCCAGAGGCUGAGACAUCGCUGACUGAGCUACCAGAUGCUACCCUUCAAAGUGACCUCUAUCGACAUCCACAGAAACGCGGCGCUGUGGCUACUGGCUACAGAAAGCAGUUCGAUCUCUUCGCCUUGGGCUGUGUGCUUACAGAACUUGCUCUGUGGGAGGGUCUCGUCACCACGCUGUCCCGAUUAUCUCUCGAGGACUGGCACAAGGCGAUUGAGGAUGCGGAACGCACAAAGAAAGACCUGAAACUGCCUUCCUUGCUAGACUUUUGGCAGGAUUCGCAGUUUGUCGAAGACGUCUCUCAUGCGGCUGGCUCGCGGUAUCUCGAGGCUGUUCAACUGUGCUUGAAAGACCCAUCUGAUCAGACCGAUGGUGACGAGGCAUCGCUGGAAGUCCAGCGGAGCGUGUUGGAGAAGCUGCAGGAAUGCCGGGUAUGA